GCUCGCGCAGACCCAAAUGCGGGCACUGAGGAGGGUUCCAGGCCGCUUGUGGUGGCCGCUGCAGAGGGAUUCCCUGACAUUGCGACCUUACUGCUGGAUGCUCGCGCCUACGUAAAUCAGGGCACAAAGGAGGGUUGGACACCCCUGCUAGCUGCCUCGGGGGCCACCUGUCUGCGGAAGGAAGAUGGAGAAGUUGACAUGUCGCAGGCAAGUUCUGGUCACAAAGAGGUCGUUUGCAUCCUACUGGAGUCCAAUGCAGUUUGGGAUCAGAGCGACCGUCACGGGACGACGCCUUUGCUCAUGGCAUGUGCCCAAGGACAUGAAGAAAUUGUCGGUCUCUUGUUGGACAAAGCCAACGCUCGUGCUGGCGAGCUUGAAAUCC